AUGGCGUCGCAAGACGUAGAGGGUCAGAAGGGGGAAUUGAAGCAGCAGGGCGCCAUUGAGGUCGCUCAGCAGGCUGCUCAAGACCCCCAGUCGAACAUCCAACCGGAAGCUGUCGAAAAGACCCUGAUCGAAGAAACCCGAAAGGCCGGCGUGCCCGCCUACCAAUUCGAUCCCGAUGCGUCCCCCGAAGAGAAAGCUGCCGCUGCUCGAGCUCAUCUACCGCCAGGUUUCCACCACGAGCAUAAACCGAAGGCUGCGGCCGUUGUGACAGAUAAGGACGAUGGCACCCCCGACCAGUACGAUCUGCCCCCUCCCAAAUCCGCAACCGAGAUCCUGGAAGACGCCAAAAACACUACGGCCGCUCCGAAUGGAGAACCACUCCUGGAGGAGGACUUGCGAUGGGCACGCGACCGGACAGGCUGGGCUCCGCAGUUCGAACACGUGCCGACUCAGGAAGAAAAGGAAGAGGGAACUCUGUUGGAUCACCAGACCUUCCUGGAGGGUCAGCUGGAUGAUAAGUUUUUCGGAGAUUGGUACCACAAUGCUGGUGUUAUCGUUUUUGCAUGUCUGGCUUCCUGGGUCGUCGCCGUCCUGGGCGGAGGACUGGCCUGGGUGUUCAUCGUCAUGGCUGCCUGCAGCACCUACUACCGGACAUCCAUUCGCCGGGUUCGCCGCAACUUUCGCGACGACGUGAACCGUGAAAUGGCCAAGCAACGCCUGGAAACCGACACGGAGAGCCUGGAAUGGAUCAACAGCUUCUUGGUCAAGUUCUGGCCCAUCUACGCCCCGGUCCUUUGCGAUACGAUCAUCAACUCCGUCGACCAGGUUCUCAGCACCUCCACCCCUGCGAUGAUUGAUAGUCUCCGUCUGAAGACUUUUGUCCUUGGUUCUAAGCCCCCUCGGUUGGAGCACGUCAAGACGUACCCAAAGACCGAGGUUGACACUGUCAUCAUGGACUGGAAGUUUAGCUUCACGCCCAACGACACCAUGGAUCUGACGGCCCGCCAGAUGAAGAAUAAAAUUAACCCCAAGGUCGUCUUGGAGGUCAGAUUGGGUAAAGGUCUUGUGAGCAAGGGCCUCGAUGUCAUCGUCGAAGAUAUGGCCUGCAGCGGAUUGAUGCGCGUCAAGGUCAAGCUGCAAAUCCCCUUCCCCCAUAUUGAGCGGGUUGAUGUGUGCUUCAUGGACCGUCCCGAACUCGACUACGUCUGCAAGCCGCUUGGUGGUGAUACCCUUGGUUUCGACAUCAACUUCAUCCCUGGUCUGGAAACUUUCAUCAAGGACCAGAUUCACAAUAACCUGGGCCCGAUGAUGUACAGUCCUAAUGUAUUCCCCGUCGAAAUCGCCAAGAUGCUGGCUGGAAACGCCAUGGAUCAGGCGAUCGGUGUCGUCGCUGUUACCCUGCAUGGCGCUCGCCAAUUGAAGAACCCCGACGCCUUCGCUGGCACUCCCGAUCCUUAUGCUAUUGUCUCCCUGAACAAUCGCGUUGAACUGGGCCGCACCAAGACUAUUUUCGACACCGAUAGCCCUCGAUGGAACGAAACGAUUUAUGUUAUCAUCACCUCUUUUGCGGAGUCGCUGACCAUUGUUCCCUAUGACUGGAACGAGUUCCGCAAGGACAAGGAACUGGGAACCGCAACCUUCCCCCUGGAUAGACUAGAGCAGCAAGCGGAACACGAUGGCAUUUUCCUGGAAGUCAUGGCAAGCGGAAGGUCCCGCGGUGCUAUCCACGCGGAUAUCCGAUUCUUCCCCGUUCUCGAGGGUAAGCAGCUGGAAGGUGGACAGACUGAGCCUCCGCCGGAGAUGAACACUGGUAUCGCUCGAUUCAUUGUUGAACAGGCCAAGGACCUGGAUGCAUCCAAGAGCAUGAUCGGACAGCUGAACCCCUAUGGUGUCCUCCUCCUGAACGGCAAGGAGAUCCAUAUCACGAAGAAGCUGAAGCGCACGAACAACCCCAUCUUCCAAAAUGCUGCGAAGGAGUUCUUGGUCACUGACAGGAAGAACGCGCGUCUUGGUCUUGUUAUCAAAGAUGACCGUGACCUUGGUCGGGACCCGAUCCUUGGUACUUACCAAAUCAAGAUGAACGACAUGCUCAAGAUGAUGACAAAGGGUCAACAGUGGUUUAACCUGAACGGUGCGAAAACGGGACGUGCCAAGCUGAUUUUGGACUGGAAGCCCAUUGCACUGGGUGGUAUUGCUGGCGGCUCUGGCUACGUUGACCCGAUUGGUGUCAUGCGUUUCCACUUCAAGGGUGCAACCAACCUUCGGAACCUGGAAACCAUGGGCAAGUCUGACCCAUACGCACGGGUGCUAAUCUCUGGCUACACGAAGGCACGGACCGUCACGUUCAGAAACAAUCUGAACCCUGACUGGGACGAGGUGGUUUAUGUUCCUAUUCAUAGCCCACAGGAGAAGAUCACCCUCGAGGUCAUGGACGAAGAAACCAUCAACAGUGAUCGGACCCUGGGUUCUACGGAGCUUCAUGCCGCUGACUACGUUCGCGAGAACGAGCAGGGCGAAUACGAGGUUGAUGACGAGAAGCAGCUCAUUUCUACUAAUCUCCGCAUCGGCAGCUCCCCCCCCAAAGGUACCUUGAACUACACUGUCGCCUUCUAUCCUGCCAUGUCCGUUGUCAACCCCGAGGACGAGGAAAGCGAGGAAGAGAACCUCAACGGUGAUGCUGAGGGAACCGAAUUGGCAAGAAAGAGCACGGAAUCCAAACGCAAGAGUGUGGCGGGUCACUCCAAGUCUGCCAGCAUCGACUCGAAGACUUCAGCUGUUCCCAACGGCACUACCACGAACGGAACCACCGCUAACGGCACUGCUGCGAAUGGCACGGCGGAGGCUCACGCCAGUCGUACCAGUCUGGACACGAAUGGGACCAAGUCUCAGAACGCCAAGGACUCCGAAACCAUGUCUAUCAAAUCGGUCAAGGAGAUUCCGAAGACUUACAUCUCCCUGGAAGACCUUGCGAAAUACGAAUCGGGUUUCCUGGUGUUCAACAUCCAUGAAGUCCAACUCUCUCGUAACAAUGUUCAGCUCGAAAUCCUGAUGGAUGACUACAUGUUCCCCGCGUACACUUCCCCGAAGAUCCGCACCAAGUCCUCCAGGAUCGACGACGUCAGCGAUGCCUUUGUGCGCGAACUGGAGUUUUCCAAGAUUACUCUCCGAAUUAUCGACAAGAACAACACCAAGGAUGAAAGUGACGAUCAUGUGAUCGCUAAGCUCACCGGAGAUACUCUUUCGACCCUGCAGCGCAUCUUGUACACGCCGACGGAACUUGUCCUACGCUCCGACCAAGGCGAGGUGAGCAAGGUCACCGUUAGUGCCCGUUACAUCCCGGUUCACAUGAAGCUCGACCCGAGCGAGAGUAUCAACAACAUGGGCUCUUUGUGGGUGGAUGUCCUGGAUGCUGCCGAGCUUCCCUCUGCCGAUCGGAACGGCUUCAGUGACCCGUACUGCAAGUUCCGUAUCAAUGGAGAAAACGUCCACAAGACCACGGUGCAGAAGAAAACGCUCCAUCCGGCGUGGAACGAGCGCUUCGAGGCACCCAUCAAGUCUCGUAUCGGGACCAACUUCCGGGUUGAUGUCUACGACUGGGAUUUCGGCGACAAGGCGGACUACCUGGGCGGUACACCGAUCGACCUCCAGAUACUGGAGCCUUUCCAGGCCAAGGAGGUCUCUCUGCCUCUCGACGGAAAGUCCGGAGCCAUCCGGUUGAGGCUGAAAUUCUCGCCCUCGUACGUGCUGCGGUCGCGGCAAGGAUCUUCCACGUUCGCUGGCACGUUCGCCACCCCCGGCAAGAUUGUCGGCGCGCCCGUCAAGGGAGUCGGGCUUGUUGGCGGCGGUGUCAUCAAGGGGGCAUCCUUCCUUAAGCACGAAGGCUCGUCGUUCUUGAAGAACGGCCUCAUGUCCCGGUUCCGAGGAGACGAUGGAGCCAGCGUGCACGAGGCCGCGGAGGAGGCCGAAGAGACGCCAGCGCCUCUUGCCCCUUCGGCCAUCCUGGUGGAGGGCGAGACGCCGCCCAGCUCCACGUCCGCCAGGGACACGCAGCAGCAGCAGCAGCACGCGCGCAACCGCAGCGUGGUGUCGCACUACGGUGAUCGACUGGGCGUUGCGGGCAAGGGAGAUUCCGGCACCGCCACCAUCUCCGUGGUUUCUGCCUCCGGGUUCCCUCCGAAUGCCAACGUGCGCGUGUUCGUCAAGGCGAUUGGCCCCAAGGGCGCGAAGGAGGUGCUGAAGAGCAAGGCCAUCAAGUCUGGUGGUGGUCCGGUGCACUUUGACGCAACCCACGAGACCUGCCGCGUGCACAACACGACGGCGGACGCGCAGUACCAGGUGAAGGUGGUGGACCACUCGACGUUUGGCUCCGACGGUCAGCUGGGCGAGGCGCUGUUCUUCGUGGACGACCAGGGCUCUGUGGCCGGACAGGAGAAGCAGGUCAAGGUCGGCAGUGGCUCGGUUGCCAUCCGCAGCAGCUUUGCGGUGUCCGAGUCGGGCGUCCGCCCGGGAACCGCCCACUCCAACACCAACGACGCAGCCUCCGAGGUGAUGGAUAGCCCUGAUUCCAAGAAGGCGCGUCGCAGCUUCCUCGGCAAGCGCAAUGUCAGCGGAGUCUAG